AUGGUGGGAUGCUGUGUGGGAAAGGGGGAGGACUUGCGCACAUUCCGAAGGAGCCGUUGGCUGAUUAGAGACUGUCAUUCCUCAGCCGCAAACAGGUAUGUGGUGGCUGGCUCUGCUGUUGUAUCUAUUCCACUCCGUCCUUCCUCGGUAACACGGGAUGUGUAA